AAUGUGGAACAAUAUCUUUUAUAAUUAUUCAAUUGAAUAUGACGAGCAAAUGAAGAUCGUAGAAACCAUCAACAAAAUGGCGAAAUAUACCCAGGUGGUCUACGACAAACAUGCCAUUUUUAUUAAUUUCGAAAAAUUCUCUUAUCCUCAACCAAUUUAUAUAAAUGUCAUAAGGGAUCCUUUGGAGAGAGCUGUAUCUUCAUAUUAUUACCUGAGAUUUGAGUCUCAAUUGUUAUCCAAGACAUAUGAAAAUGAUGAAACAAGAAACUUGACAUAUGACGAAUGCGUUUUACAAAAUCGAAAAGUUUGUACCGGAAAAAAUUCCUUUCAUGGAAUUUGGAAUAUAAUUCCAUUUUUUUGCGGAUAUAAUCCUAUUUGUAAAUAUCCGUCCAAGUUAGCUCUUCAAAUUGCUAAAUCCAAUGUGGAAAAGUAUUACGUCGCUGUAGGUACAAUCGAAUAUUAUGAUGAAUCACUACAGUUAUUUGAGAAACUAUUACCUAAUUAUUUCCAAGGCAUUCAAAAAGCCUAUAAAAAAUAUAAAUCAGAAAGUAUUAAAAAGUAUAGGGGAAAAUUUAAAAUGAAACCAUCAGAGCAAGUUGAGAGAAAGAUGAAAAAUCUAAUGAACUAUGAGUAUCAAUUUUACAAGUUUAUUCGUCAGAGACUCUUUAAAAUGUUGAAAAAUGAAUAA